AUGUCCACCACAACUAAAACCUCGUACUCAAAGCGCGGUCGCUCUCGCUCACGAUCUCCUCCGGCUGAUGAUCCCUACGAUAUUGGAGAUUAUGUUCCGUAUGUACCAGUCGCGAAAAGGCGAGAAGAACGGGUCAAACGUUUGGAACAGCUCGCAAGUACAGACGAAACUGAGGCUCGUAGAAGACAGCGAGAGGAGGCCAAGCGCCGAGAAGAGGAAGCAGAUGAAGAGAGAAAAGCGGAUGAGGCCAGAGAGGAGGCUCGUAGGCAAAGGACGCUCUUAGAUAGAGCUCAAGAGGUCAAGAAGAAGAAAGCUGAAGAAGAUGCUAAAAAGACCGAGCUGGAAAAACUAGAAGAAGCUGACAAAGAGAUACUGGAUGCUAUUGCUAGCCGUAAGAAACUUGUUUCUGACUGGGAGCGUGCCAAAGGAAUCCAAUAUACCGAGCCACUUAAGACAACAUGGAGACCUCCGCGGUUUGUGAGAGAGAGAACGGAGGACCAAAACAUUAAAAUUCGGGAGGCUCACCAUAUAAUCGCGGAAGGCGACAACAUACCGCCACCAAUUGCAUCAUUUGCUGACAUGAAAGUUCCCAAACAGCUCUUAACACACUUUAAGUCCAAGCGGAUAUUUGCUCCAACGCCUAUCCAAAUACAGGGACUUCCAACAGCGUUCUCUGGUCGUGAUAUGAUCGGCAUUGCCUUCACGGGUUCCGGAAAAACACUUACAUUCUGCUUGCCAUUAAUCAUGUUGGCCAUGGAAGAAGAGGCCAAGUUACCUUUCCAACGUGGAGAGGGCCCAGUUGGGAUCAUUCUUUGUCCCUCGCGCGAGUUGGCUAACCAGACGUACGAUAAUGUACUUGAAUGGACCAAUGCUCUAGCAACACCUUCAGAGCCCGGUGGCAUUAACAUGUCCGAGCAGAGUCACGUAAUGGGGCAAGGCUUUCACAUCGUUGUUGCUACUCCAGGUCGCUUGAUGGACAUGCUUGAGAAGCGCAAGUUUACCCUUGACAGUUGCCGCUAUCUUUGUAUGGACGAGGCCGAUCGGAUGAUUGACCUCGGAUUCGAAGAGGAUGUCCGAACCAUUAUGGGCUUUUUCAAACACCAACGACAAACACUGUUGUUCUCCGCAACAAUGCCUCGAAAGAUUCAAGAUUUCGCCCAGCAGUCCUUAAUUCAACCCAUCUUGGUCAAUGUUGGCCGGGCUGGUGCUGCUAAUUUGGACGUCUUACAGGUUGUAGAAUAUGUCAAGCAGGAAGCAAAAAUGGUGUACUUGCUUGAAUGUUUACAGAAGACCCCACCUCCCGUCAUUAUUUUCAGCGAGAACAAGAAUGAAGUCGAUGACAUCCAGGAAUAUCUAUUAUUGAAAGGUGUAGAGGCUGUAGCCAUUCACGGAAGCAAAUCCCAAGAAGAACGACAAUAUGCGAUCAAAUCAUUCAAGUCUGGAGCCAAGGAUGUCAUGGUCGCCUCUGGAGUCGCGUCAAAGGGACUCGAUUUCAAUGAUAUUCAGCAUGUGAUUAUCUUUAGUAUGCCGAAAGAGAUCGAAGAUUAUGUUCACCAAAUUGGGCGUACUGGGAGAAGCGGGAAGACGGGGAUUGCCACUACGUUCGUAAAUAUGAACACUGCAGAACAAACACUACUGGAUCUUAAGUAUCUUUUGAUGGAGGCCAGCCAAAAAGUGCCACCAUUCCUUCAAUCUAUCGAGGAUCCACGGGCUGCACAAGGAGGUGCGCUGAAGGGUUGUCCAGUCUGUGGAGGCCUUGGCCACGGAAUUUCUGCCUGCCCCAAGCUGGAGGACAACCAACGCCGUGUCAUGGCGGCUCAACGUGGCGCCGAUGGUGGAGGUGGAUAUUAA